UUGCAUGGAUACUGUUUUGUUUUCAAUUUCAUGGGUAUAUAUUACAGUGUUGAGAGGCAUGAGGAUCAGAUUUUGAAAUUAAAGAAUUAGAAUGAAAAAUUAAGCACACAUAUAUACUUGUGACUAAAAUCAAUGAAGCAUUUGUAAAAUGUUUUGAUAUGUUUCAAAUGCCUCUAUAUAGUGAUAUACCAUGUGCUACUAUUUUCAUGUGGGCUUCCAUGUCUCCUAACUUUACUGAUUUAUAAAUGGCGAAGAUGACAUUUAUCCAUGUACGAAGAGAUUGAAAAAUUCUUGCAAAGUCAUGAUAAUGAUCUCAUGCCAAUAAGGUACACUUACUCAGAAAUUAAAAAGAUAACCAACGGAUUUAAAGACAAGUUGGGUGAAGGAGGCUCUGGCUCAGUGUAUAAGGGAAAGCUUCGUAGUGGUUGUUUUGUAGCAGUUAAAAUAUUGGACAAGUUAAAAGAUAAUGAACAAGAUUUUAUGAACGAAGUUGCCACAAUUGGAAGAAUUCACCAUGUCAAUGUUGUGCAACUUAUAGGCUUCACUGUUGAGGGAUCAAAGCGUGCUCUUAUAUAUGAGUUCAUGCCUAAUGGGUCUCUUGAAAAGUACAUUUUUUACAGGGAAGGUAGCAUCUCACUAAGCAAUAAGAAAAUGUAUGAGAUUUCUCUUGGGGUGGCUCACGGCAUUGAAUAUCUACAUCAAGGUUGUGAUAUGCAAAUCUUACAUUUUGAUAUCAAGCCUCACAACAUUCUUCUUAAUGAUAAGUUUGUUCCAAAAGUUUCAGAUUUUGGACUAGCCAAAUUUUACCCAAAAAAUAAUAACACUGUGUCUCUCAAUGCUGCCAGAGGAACAAUAGGAUACAUGGCUCCCGAACCAUUUUAUAAGAAUAUUGGAUGUGUCUCUGACAAAGCUGAUGUAUAUAGUUACGGGAUGUUAUUAAUGGAAAUGGUAGGAAGAAGAAAGAACUUGAAUGCAUUCGCAAGUCAUUCAAGCCAAAUUUACUUCCCUUCAUGGAUUUAUGACCAAGUUAGUGAAGGAAAGGACAGAGAAGUACAAGAAGAUGCCAUGGAACAUGAAGAAAAAACAACGAAAAAGAUGAUUAUUGUGGCAUUGUGGUGCAUACAGUUGAAGCCUGUCAAUCGUCCCUCAAUGCAUAAAGUUGUAGAGAUGCUUGAAUCGGAUGUUGAAUCCCUACGAAUGCCUCCUAAACCUUUUCUCACCCCACAUCGGACGCUAGAAGAAGAUGAUAGAGCUAAUCAUGAAAAGUUAUCAGAUCCAUCAAAUGAUUGUAAUAACUCUUCAUAUCAGUUUGGUCAUUAAUGAUGAGAUGAUAAAAAUAAUUUAGCUUA